AUGGAGCAGAAGGGCUCCAGGGUUCUUGUCGAUGCACGAGACAAGCUUGGUAUUCCUUGGCAGUAUUCCGAAAAUGAAAAGCAUGGGAUGUUCUUGAUGGCCUUUGAAAACAAAGCAGGGCUGCCUGUGGAGCCUGCUACAUUUCAGCUGUAUGUCCCCGCUCUGAGCGCAAUCUGGAGGGAUUCUGGCAUCAGGGAAGCUUUCAGCCGGAGGAGCGAGUUUCAGCUGGGUGAAUCAGUGAAGUACUUCCUGGAUAACUUGGACCGGAUCGGCCAGCUGAAUUACUUUCCUAGUAAGCAAGAUAUCCUGCUGGCUAGGAAAGCCACCAAGGGAAUUGUGGAACAUGACUUCGUUAUUAAAAAAAUUCCUUUUAAGAUGGUGGAUGUGGGCGGACAGCGGUCUCAACGCCAAAAGUGGUUCCAGUGCUUUGAUGGGAUCACAUCAAUCCUGUUCAUGGUCUCCUCUAGUGAAUAUGACCAGGUCCUCAUGGAAGACAGGCGUACCAACCGGCUGGUGGAGUCGAUGAACAUCUUUGAGACAAUAGUCAACAACAAGCUCUUCUUCAAUGUUUCCAUAAUUCUGUUCCUCAACAAGAUGGACCUCCUGGUGGAGAAAGUGAAGACUGUCAGCAUCAAGAAGCACUUCCCAGAUUUCAAGGGUGACCCACACAGGCUGGAGGAUGUCCAACGCUACUUGGUCCAGUGUUUUGACAGAAAGAGACGAAAUCGCAGUAAGCCACUGUUCCACCACUUCACCACUGCUAUAGACACUGAGAAUAUCCGCUUCGUGUUUCAUGCUGUGAAGGACACGAUCCUGCAAGAGAAUCUAAAAGAUAUUAUGUUGCAGUGAAAGAGAAAGUCCCCUUUUUUUUGUCAUCCUUCAACAGCCUCCAUGGCUACUGGUCAGAUCUCUUUGGUGUGUAUUAUCUAUAUGAUUCUUGAGUUGGUUUCUCGGAUCCAUGUCAUCGAAUACCUGGCUCAAGAAUGCUGUAAAACCAGCCAAGCCAGCAAGCUCUAGGCAAAAGGACAUGGAAACUUUGAUGUUAGCUACUGAAUCCUGGGGACUAAUGAAACUACUGAUAAUCCAAGUGAUCACUUUGGUAUUAAUUUGUAAUACCUAAUAACACAGCUUUCUUUCUUUUUGCAGAAACUUUUUUCCUUUUUUGACACAAUUUAACUGAUGUUUGUGUGUGUGUAUGCUCAUGCACACUCUCUCUUUAAUGACAAAAACACAAAAACCAGCUGACCUUGCAGAUGGCUUUUCUCUCUAACUUGCAAGUCUUCACUGAGACACUCUAACCAGAAAGUUUUGCCAAAUAGUAGUUUGUAGGGAUCAAGUGCAUGCUGAUGCUGCUAAACUCAGAGUGCCUGAGCCUGACCUUGCACCCCCAGCCUCAGGGUCUGAUGCCACCUCCCAAAGUGAAUAUGUUGCCUUUUAAAACUUGUGCCAAUUUCCUAAGAGACCCUAGUCCAGGCAUAUUAGAUUAAGCUGAGGAGCUGUGCCAAGGAUUCCCGCCUUCCCAGCUGUAGAGGACGGAAUUGGGAGCUUUGCAGGUGUGGACUUGCCUUAAUGCCCCUGCAGCAUGCUUGGCUCUUCCUGCCUUGUCAAAUUGCCCAGCAACACAGCAUGGAGUGGAGAUGGGACGCUGACGGUGAAUGUUGCCCUAUCUGUAUGCACAUAGUGGUGCUUUUGACUUCUUCCCAUCCAGUGGCAAAGACAUAGAAACCAAGUAGCCUUGCAGAUGACUUUUCUGUCUUACUUGCAAGUCAUCUUCUGACACUACAGUUAGCAGCAUGUAACGUUUCCUCCUUUCGGAAAUAAUAGAGAGCUUUAUAUUCCUCUUCUGGAGCUUCUGAAAGCUGGCAAGAUUACUAGCAAAGCUUUUGUUAAUGCCACAGCUGUGUGGUGAGUUCCUAACAGCUGAUCUUUCGGGAAGCCCACAAACUCUGGAGAAAUCGGAGUUUCUCCAAACUGCCUGUACACCAAUGCCUUUGGACAGGUGGCCCCUGUUCUCAGCUCUCCUUUAAGACUGAUUUUUAUCAAAGGCUCUUGCUUCUAUUACUGUACAUGCAGAACAAGUAAACACUAUCAGAUAUAGUUCUCAUCGGGGUGAAUCUGCAGAAGGCUGUGAAUGUUGAUAUGAGCUGGUAAAUCUUCAGCUCAUUUACCUGCCAGGUUAUUUUUCACUGUGUUUAAAAAUACACUGCAUUCCAAACUGG